AUGAAUAAAUUAGAGGAUUUGAAUCCCCUAUUUAGCCCGCCCUCCUCCAACGGCUCCGAAUACACUCCAUUUGAGGACAGAACCCCAACGCUGGUAAAUUAUUACAAGUUUGCCGCAGUAAGUAAGAUCAAUGCCUACUUUUAUCAAGUGCAAGAUCUACCACCGAAAGAGAGUGGCGGAAUUUCCGACAAAACGAAGGACGAGAAGAUCUCUCCUUUAGAGCAAGUCCACCACUAUGAAAACUCGAUCAAGCAACAAUUAGCUCGAGACUAUCAGAUAUCGGACGUACUGACGUACGGGGCCAAGAAGGAAAUUUGCAUAUUCAGACUCGAAACAAGGCUAAACCCUCAGGAGCAGAAGUUGGGAUUCAAUCAGCUAAAGGAUGCAGUUGACAACAUUAUCAUAGAAUGCAAACUCCCUCUGAAACUGGCAUCUGCAACGACCUUUGAUGCUGACUCAGUGUUUAAGUCUCAGGCUAACCCACAACAACAUUCCAGGCCGAGUAGCAUUGUUUAUCUCAGUUUCCUGAGAGCAGUCAAGAAACUCUUGUGUCAGCAUCUUAUGGCUAGAUCGUCAGAAGUUGAAAUUCUUCCAUUUGGUAACCAAUCACUGGUUCGCUCUGCGCAAGACACAUUCCAGAUUUUAAAAAUCAACACAUCGCUUAGCAUUCGCAACGAAAUUCUCUCUAAUUUCGCCAUAAUCAACACUCCGCACUUCUACCGAUUAUCAACUCUCCUGGAUAGUGAGUUUGACAUUUUGAAAAGCAAUUACGCCCUCUAUCUGUGCCCCUCUGGGGUGAGAUGUUCUUUUGCUAAUCAAAAUAUGCUGGCCAACUCACUCUCCUUCGAACCCCCCUCAAACUACGAGAAACUUUUGGGCUUGUUAUCUGAGUACUCGCAUAUUAAACUUGAGACGCCUUCGCGUUGGAUCAAACUGGUUCCAAAUCUGAACCACAUGAAUGGACUAACGCCGAAUAUCGCUCGAUACCUUGAAACUUCUACUCCGAAUUCAAAGUAUUUUAUAUGGCCAGCUUCUAUGUGUAUGAUUCAGUUCGGCGAUGACAUUGAUGAGCCUGCUUUUGAAGUCAGCAACUCCUUCGAAUUGAUCGAAGAGUUAAUACUUGAUUCUGACGAGGAACCACAGCCACCGCAAUUACCGGCAACAGAAAGGCCUACGGCAGAUUCGAAUCCAACAGACGUCGAUAUGGACUCCGCGAAAGAAUCACCUGGAAAUUGGGAUGAGCUUUUUGGAGAAUCGUUGAAUGAAGAGGAAGAGGACACACAGAUUGAUGUACCAGAGUCAGAGUCGCAGUCAAAACCAGAGCUGGUGUCGAGUCCUGUAGAGAAGGAUGCAGAGCAUUUUAUUGAGCUUCAGCCAUCAAACCCCUUUUAUGAGGAUCCUGGUGCUCCAUCUCCCGCUUCAUUCCACAUAUUUGCAUCCCCAAGUCCCGAGACAACGGAUGCUUCCUCUGCCAAUGAUGAUAUUGGCUCAGUGACACCAAAAGACCUAAAGAAGUCCAUCUUUGCCCCAUUGAAUUUUAACCCGCUAAUCGAGAAGGACAUCGAUAGUAAAUAUUCGGACGGCGGAAAAUUCUUUGUGCGUAGUGAAGCACAGACUUCGCGUUCCCAAGAGUCUGCCUCUACGACGCCGACAUUUUGGAAGAAUAAAAAGGGAGAGACUGAUAUUGAAGAGCGAGAUCUGAUAAGUGAUAGUGAAGAAGAGGUAGAAGAGGAUGACGAUGACGACGACGAUAAUGAUCAAACGGGCUUGGGUAUAAGUAUCACAUCGAUUCCUCGAAAUACAGGAAUUUUGUCAUCAAUAACACCUUUUGCUAAUCAAGCCGCUUUUUCACAGCCCCAAGCUCCAUCGCCUCAAGCAUCAGGGGCUCAAGAGAUUCAGAAUUGGCUUUUCUGGAUUUUGAGAGGUCCAGCUCUUUGUACAAUUCCUUCAAGAUUUCUUUCGACAGGAAAUCCAGUCAUUUCAAAAGACAAGAUCGAAGUGGUAUUGCCGAUACUGCAAGAGCUUGUGUUGUUUACUGCGGGGCUGAAAGAUCAUUGCCAAGAACAGGCUUCCGAUCUUAGCGAGACAUUGGAUUCAACACUGUUAAGUGCUUUCCCUGGUUCCUCGAAACUGAAACUCUACGAGCUAUUGGACUGUGAUCGACCAAACUCGGAAAUGAGAUUCUUUGACAGUCUGUUUGGCAGCGAAAAAGAGAUAUACAAACUGGAGGCUCCUAGAAUAGACUUUGAUGAUCCAAGUUUUGCAACCACAUCUCCAUUGAUGAACAUCACAGAAAUUGAAAAUAAAAGACAGUCAGGUAUAUUUAGGGAGAAUGCAAACCGAGCUAUUCUUGAAAAUGUCAAGUCUGCCUCUUUGUUCAAAAUCCCAACCACGAUUUUUAAUACGAAACGAAACGACCAAGAGAUGAAAAUCAACGAAACAAGUUUGCGAUACUGGAAACUGCUAAACCUUGAGCCACUUGAGGGCCAAAAGAAUCUCAAGGUCAUCUUAGUUGUACCGAAAAGUACAUCGUACUUAUUAGAGAGAAGUCGAAUAUUCUUGCAGGAUCUAAUGGCUACUUACUCUUCUUGGAAUCUAGGGCAAAUGAAUCAGCUGCAAGACAUUCUGGAGAUUCCAGGCAACGAUGCCGAGCUUUUCGUUAAGAAUAUGGAAGAAGCCCUUACAUCACUGGCCGAUUCUUUGAGAAAUCAACAUAUGGUUGACUCGGAUGGUCAAACAGACGCUAUUUUAAUUAUGAUUGCAAUUCCGAACAUUGGCAUGCAGCUUCUUACCAGUCUGGCAAGCGCGCUCGAACAAUUCCAAAGCACAGUGACAGUGAAAUCCGUUGACCAAGAAACAGAAGAGGACCGGAGAAAACGUCGGAAGAAAAAUCUUUCAACCACUAUCAGUGUCCCUAUCUCCUCUUUUUACAAGGUGAUCCCGUUUGAUCUUUAUCUUUCCAAAAACGAGUGCUAUUCGGUUGUGACUUCCCAAAAACUUGGAGAGCUGGCUUUGGAGAUUUAUUCAUUGUAUCCUAAAAAAGAUGUCUCCGAACCUUUCAAAGACAGAGAUCGAUUAUUGACAAUUUCAAAACAGUUACCCCAGAAAAUACCCUUUGUAAUGACUAAGGCACCAAUUUCAUCGGGCCUGAUUGCGGACGAUUUAUUUUUGCAUGUUUGUUACGAACGAUCUAUUGACAAAAAUUGGUGCGUGGCAAGCUGGUCUGAUCAGUACGGCGAAAUCAAUUUUACUCGCUCUUGGUUUGUUGGUCCUGACUGUCGGUACCAGACUUUCGAGGAGGUUUCGGAUGAGAUUUUUGAUAUUUCCAUGGAUUAUGUUUCCAAUCAUAGUGGAAAGUCGUACGUGAUCUUGACUAGACUCAACAAUGUCAUUCCUGACGAUGAGCUGACGGAGUGGAAACGUCUCUCGAUCAAGAAUAACAAACUUACGCUUAUCGUUCUCACUGUGGAGUUGGAACCUUCCACUCUUAUUCUGUCUCAUCUCCGGGAGCAGAAGGACGACCUAAAAGACAUCUACUCAGUGAAAUUUACAGCAGCCUCCACAAAUUCCCAGAUGCUUACCCCUGGUAUGGCAAACCGCUUCGAGAGCCCAAUAAAUGGACAAACGCCUUCCUAUGACCCGGGUGCAUCUCCGUUAGAUGCCCCUGUCCUUCCAGGGUCCCAGCAACAGGUUCCAGAGAAUCCAGAGCUGAUAGAAUUAUCAAACGAGUGUUACGGAGUGAUUUUGCAGGUAGCUCAACAAUUGUCGAAUCAGUCCAUUCGCAUGCCGUUACGCACUGGGUUCAUUGUAAAUUCUGGUCGACGGUCGCCUGAAGGUUACGAACCGGGAUCAAUAAUCGAGUUAAACUUGUUGAGCUGCCAAGCGGGAGUUGAUUCCAUCGAGCUGUUGAAGAAUCUGAUUAUGCAAUAUAAGCAUCUGGCUAACCUCAACAAGGAUCCUAUUUGCCCUUGGCACGUAUCUGCAGUCAGGCGUAUGAUAGAGUUUUUAGUUCAUCUGGACGUGAAAUGA